UGUUCCUCAUUCAGAGCCCACUAGCACAAAAGCGUACAGCAAACAGACCGCUUGGAACAUAUUCUGUCCUGAAGAGGAGAAAAGAAGAACAGAGAACCCUAAUUAUCAUGUCCUCCCAGUUCCCUGAGCUUCACUUUGUUUUGGUACCCUUAAUGUGCCCAGGCCACCUUAUCCCCAUGGUGGACAUAGGGAGGCUACUGGCUCAACAUGGUGUGACAGUUACUAUUGUCACCACACCUCUGAAUGCUAUCAGGUUUAAAAGCAUCAUUGAUCGUGAUAUAGCUUCUGGGAUCCAAAUCCGACUUCUCCAACUACGAUUUCCGUGCAUCGAUGCUGGCUUGCCUGAGGGUUGUGAGAAUCUAGAUGCUCUCCCAUCACGGCUUUUGUCCAAGAAUUUUAUGGAUGCUGUUGGCAAGUUUCAGCAUCCAUUUGAGCAGUUCCUGGAAGAGACACAGCUCAAACCAAGCUGUAUUAUCUCUGAUAGACAUAUUCCCUGGACAUUUGAUGUUGCUCAAAAGUUCAAAAUUCCAAGGCUUGCUUUCGAUGGGACAAGCUGCUUUACUCUGACAUGCUCACAUUUCAUUGGCAUUUCGAAGAUUCAUGAGAAGGUCUCUGAUGAUUUAGAAUCCUUCGUGGUGCCUGGUUUACCGGAUAGGAUUGAACUAACUAAAGCCCAGCUGCCUAGUGACUUCAAUCCAGGAUCAAUAGUUUUAAAAGACAAGGAAAAACACAUGAAAGUAGCAGACAUGGCAUCAUACGGUUUGGUGGUUAAUUCUUUUGAAGAAUUGGAAUCAGGAUACAUCGAAGAAUAUAGAAAGGCAAAAGGAGACAAGAUUUGGUGUAUUGGCCCUGUGUCACUUUAUAACAAGGGCAAACUAGAUAAGGCUCAGAGAGGAAACAAAGCGUCAGUAGAAGUAAUCCAGUGCUUGCAGUGGCUUGAUUCAUGGCCACAGAACUCAGUAGUGUAUGCCAGCCUUGGAACAUUAAGUUGUGUUGCACCUAUGCAACUAACUGAAAUGGCCUUAGGCUUAGAAGCAUCAAACAGGCCUUUCAUAUGGGUUAUCAGAGAAGGAUAUGAAUCUAAUGACUUCAAGAAAUGGUUGUCUGAAGAAGGGUUUGAGGAGAGAACCAAAGGGAGAGGCUUUUUAGUCCAUGGCUGGGCACCGCAACUUUCCAUACUGUCUCAUCCAGCAAUUGGAGGGUUUUUGACACAUUGUGGAUGGAAUUCAGUGCUAGAAGGAUUAUGUGCUGGUUUGCCAGUGAUAACAUGGCCUUUGUUGGCUGAUCAGUUUUUCAAUGAAAAGUUUGUGGUGCAAGUAUUGAGAAUUGGGGAAAGGGUGGGAGCUGAAAUUGCCAUGAAGUGGGGAGAGGAAGAGAAGUAUGGGGCGAUGGUGAAGAGAGAACAAAUUAUGAAGGCUAUAAAUUUGGUAAUGGAUGCAGGAGGAGAAGGAGAAGAGAGAAGGAAGAGAGCAAUGGAGCUUGGGGUGUUGGCAAAGAAGGCAUUUGAAAACAAGGGAUCCUCUUAUCUCAAUGUCAAGCGGCUAAUCAAAGAUAUUCUACAAAUCAGCGGGAGGAAGGCAGAGGCAUAACAGUGUUGCAUAAAAUUCUAGCAUGUGGUAGACCAUUCUUAUGGUUUUUAUUUUUUUUUCUAAUCAUUAUAUUUAUAUAAUUGUCCUCUGUCAAUCAGCCCCAUAAGGUAAUUGAUGCCCUUACUACAAGGCAGAAUUAUAGUUUAGUAAAGCCAAAAUAGAUAAAACUCCAAUUCUCCUUGUUCCCCUAGACCCUAAUACCUUUCUAUGUAGUUUCACUGCAGGAUGCAUGAUAAUUCUA